AUUACCUAUUCACUCCCUUGUCACGCUCCUCCUAUGCACCAAUCUGUCAAUCUGAACCCUCAGUACCUCUCUCACACUGCUACUAUGGCCCGGCUAGAUGUCAAUAAUGGCAACAAUGACCACAAUGGUACGCUCUUGACAGCCAAUGGUGGCCCAGGACCCGCAGUUGGAACUCUAAACGGUGGUGUUAGUAACAUGGGGACAGCUCUCCGACUGAUCUCCGGUAGCCCACCCAUUUACGCAUGCUUGAAUGACGGCGGGCCAGCGGGCGCCAAUAUAAAUUCCACUGGACACUGCCGAUUGGUUAAUAUUGUCCACCCUCCACCCCCGCCGCCACCUCCUACGGGCCAAGUUCCUAUUGGUCAGCCAAGCAGAGCUUGUGCAUCCAGCGUACAGCAACAACAGCAAAACGCCGAUUGUUGUAGUGUAGAUACGGAAGGCAGUAGUCGUCGAAGUGGGACGAAUAACUAUGUUUGUCUUCAGAGCUCCCUGAAUACCGCCAAUGCCCUUGGGAUGAAUGAUCCAUCACAAAAUCCCUCGUAUAGCAACACACAACCCAUUGAACAGCAGUCAAUGAGGUCGAAUUCUAAUCAGGGGAGUAAUGAUCCACUCAGUGCUCUGAGAUAUGCCCUAAGACCGAGUGAAAUUCUCUCUCCGGCAAGUCUCCGUUUCAUAAAUAAUUCACCAUAUACAGCACAAGGAUCCGGUGAAGCCGAUGCUGGACAUCUUCUAACUGAGAAUGUUCAAGAAUCACACAGUUAUCCUCCACAAUCUCCCUCGACGAAUAAUGCACCAACUACUGUUAAUGGAAAUCCCACAAUUUCGAAUAUAGAGGAGUCUAAGCGGACACAACCUCGAGUUACAUUCAAAAAAAUUGCAGAGGAAACGAAGAGCCCUGGUGAACGCACCAGUGAACCCGGCUCAUCGUCCAAUCCAAACUCCUCAAGUGACAGCGGGAUUGAUAAUCAUGGCCUAGUCCCCACGUCGUCAGUGACAACACCUACAACAAUGGGUACUUCUUUAUUUGCCACUUUGCCCACUGUUUCUCGAGCUGGGCUUAGUCUCUCUUUCAGUGGGUCUUCGAAAACCCGACCUUCAGAACCGACUUACUGUAACCAGGAGCAAAUGUCUUCAUCUUCCACUUCAACUCCAGGAAUUUUUGAAUGUCCCAGUAUGCCUCCGCUCAAUCUUCCACAGAAUGAAGCAGGCGAAGUCUCAUUCGCUAGUCUCUCAAGAAGGUUUAACCUUAGGACAACGUCAUUUGAACCACCUUCCCCUUUGACACAAACUUCAAAUGAGCCUGUUGGUGAGGAUGGACUAAUGAGCAGUCUUGAAUUUGGCUUUUUCCGAAUUGAUGUCAGCGAAAAUAAAAAGUUGUUAGACCGUGCUGUCUUCUACUUAGAUAGCAUUAUUGCAAGAAAGGUUUACAAGUUGGAGGAGGCCAGAGCAAGAGAGGAACAGGAAUUACUAAAAUCUCUCGGUGAUGAUCCUGACCUUCUCCAAGACUCUUCCAAAAUUCGAGUGGAACUUUAUCUAAAGUAUUCAAAAAUCCUUAAGGAGAGCAAUUCUCCUGUUAUUUACCUUCUUCUUGGUCAUUAUCAACUUCUGCUCGGCCACUAUGACGACGCUUUGUCUGCUUAUUUAAAAUACAAAGGACUUGUAAAUGAAUUUGGAUGCAGAAAUUUAUCAUUUCUUUAUGGAUUCGCUUUAUGCUGUUUUCAUUUUGGUGCUUUUAAUACUUCAAUUCUCUUAUUUCAACAAAUCCUCUACCUUCAACCCUCAUUCCCUCGACGUAAAGAAAUAUAUGUUCGACUUGGAUAUAUUUACAAACUGCGAAAAGAUCUCGACAUCAGCCUUAAGUAUUUCAGACAGGCUUUAAGAGAUGAAGGACCAAGCACUUGGGGUUCAACUGAAAUUCAAUUUCAAAUUGGGCACUUGUUUGAGGUGUGUGGUCGGACGAAUCAAUCUAAGUCAACUUAUGAAGAGAUUUUGGCCAAUAUUUCACCAGAAUCGUCCCAAAACGUUCAGCACCUUUGUUUGCGACAACUCGCUUGGCUUUAUCAAACCAGUGCUGAGCCUUCUUUAGCACAGACCGAACAGGCUAUUCAACUCCUUCAAAAAGCGAUUGAAAUAGACACUUCGAAUGGCAAGACUUGGUAUCUCCUAGGUCGCUGUCAAGCGGCUGUCAACAAAGUUCAAGAUGCUUUUAGGUCCUAUCGGAGCUCUAUUGACAAAACGGAGGCUAGUGCAGAUACAUGGUGUUCCAUUGGAGUACUGUAUCAGGAACAAAAUCAGCCAAUGGAUGCCCUCCAGGCCUAUUUUUGUGCAGUCCAGCUGGAUAAAUGUCAUGUAACGGCUUGGGUCAAUCUUGGUACUCUUUAUGAGAGUAUGCAUCAGUUUAAAGAGGCGCUAAAAUGUUACACUAAUGCUGUCAAUGCGGAUAAAAAAGAUACGGAUUAA